AGUACCUCGAUGCACUGCACGCGCAUGUUAGAACCGCGGAGGGGAAACCGCGUCACCGUUCUGUCACAGACAACACAAGGUCUGUGAAUUCACUAACUGGCAACAUUUUCUAGCGUUAAAACGAGUGAAAGAAGCCCAGCUAUGGAUAUCACCGGAAAGAAUUAUUUCAUUGCCAUUGACACAUGGUUAAACUCUGCAGUGGAUAAACUAUUUGGAGAAAGAGAUCCUAGAGUACGAGGAUGGCUGCUAUUGGACUCCUGCACACCCACUCUUGUCCUCACGUUCAUCUACAUCCUGAUUGUCUACCUGGGACCAAAGUAUAUGAAGAACAAGAUGCCCUACUCUUUGAAGAAUAUGUUGUUAUUGUACAACUUUGGUGUCACCAUGCUGUCUUUCUACAUGCUGGUGGAGCUUAUUUCAGCAACCUGGACGGCUGGAUACAAAUUGAAAUGCCAAGGCCUGUUUGAUGCAGGGGAGGGUGACAUCAGGGUAGCAAAAGUGCUGUGGUGGUACUACUUCUCUAAGCUAAUUGAGUUUCUUGACACCAUUUUCUUCAUACUAAGAAAGAAAAACAAUCAGAUUACCUUCUUACAUGUGUAUCACCAUGCCUCCAUGUUUAACAUCUGGUGGUGUGUUCUCAACUGGAUCCCAUGUGGGCAGAGUUUUUUUGGACCCACACUGAACAGCUUUAUCCAUGUGCUAAUGUAUUCAUACUACGGCUUGUCCACCAUUCCCUCCAUGCACAAGUACUUGUGGUGGAAACGUUAUCUCACACAGGCCCAGCUGGUUCAGUUUAUAUUAACUAUAACUCACACAUUAAGUGCAGUGGUUUUCCCUUGUGGUUUUCCUCUGGGCUGCCUGUUCUUUCAGUCAAGCUACAUGCUUACACUUGUUAUCUUGUUCGUCAAUUUUUACAUGCAGACAUACAGAAAAAAUCCAGCUAGAGAUGACAAAGCUAAAGAGAUGAUGAGAAACUACAUAAACGGCACCUCACCCUGUGCUAAUGGAGCCAAACAUAAGCAUCAAUGAUGGCAAAUGUCUCUUCAAAAGGCAUCUUUCAUGUUAACUAAUUUAAUAGUAGGGAUAAUCAUGUUUAAGUGUAAUAAUGUGGUUGUGCUUUUUAUAUAGAGUACUGUUUGAACCUGUUUUGUUUGUGCCUCUGAAAACUUGUGUUAUGAUUUUAGUGAUGUACUGUACCCUAAGUGGUAGACUAAGUAUCUUAGGCAUUUAGAAAUAAUGGCAAUUAUUUUUUGAGAGCUGGGAAAUUCCAUAAUCAAAAAAUCUUUAAUCACAUUAUCAGCUGUCACUCAAAACUAAUUGUUAUAUAUAUUCCAGUCCAGUUAUAUGAAGUACUUUCAUUCAUACUUUGUCCCACAUUGACAAACAUAUACACAGAACAAUUUAUAGAAAUCCAUUAUAUCAAAUUCUUAUAACUAUAAUAUUUGGCUUACGACCACUAGAAUAUAGUGAAUUCAAUCAAUGGACAAAUAUUCUAUACAUUUGGGAUUAAAUUUACACAUAUUACAGGGGUAAAUUUCUCUUAAAUUACUCUGAAGCUUUAUUCUCUAUUCUUCAGAUUAUAUGAUCUGUCCUCGUCUAAGAAAAUUACAGGCUGAAGUUACCUACUCAGCAGUUGUCUGUAUUUUAGUCAUUUCUGGAUUCAAAUAUACAUGAUUUUAUAUGCAGAUGUUGCUUCACAUUUAAAAAUAAGAUGUUCAUCUGCUGCUACUUGCCUUAUAAUACAAAAAUCAGUUACACCCCAGAAAUUAAACACAACAUUUAAGUCACAAAAUAUAAAAUGGGUGCUUUUUCAUACUUCCUGAUCAUUGUUACUGGAACUUUGGUUGUUCCAAUGUGAAAUAAGAGUCAACAUCUCUUCUCUAUCACUGCACUUCUUUAUUUCUGUCUGGGUGUGAGAUUUAUAUGAUUGAGUAGAAAAAUCUUAACAGAAUUAAAUAGUUCUUUUGGACUACAGCAACAUGAGUUGAUUGGGUGGCCAGAAAGUUUCAAAACCACAGUGCCUUGCAGAGGGAAUCAAAAUAUUUUUUUGUUUAAUUAGUUUGCUCCUGGCAUAAUUAAAUUAUUUGUAGAAUAGAAUAUGAGGAAUAUAAGAAGUAUAUGGCUAUAAGAUUUCAAUUUCAUGGUAGAGCACAAUAGCAGUGUAUUAUCACACCCCUAUAAUGACAAGGAAAAAAAACUAUUAAUACACUGUCUAGCCCUAAUUUCUGUUAUUUGUUAAUGGGUAAAGUGUAGCCCUUCAAGAUUUUUCAGGAUAGUUUUUCUAUGAGAGAUGUUCAUAUUUUACCAGAGGACAGGCUCUGAGACAGGGGCAUCAUAUCAGAUGUAAUGCAAAGGUAUUAGUUACAAAUCAUCAGUUUGAUUUCAAAGCUUAUUGUAUAACAAUGUUGGGAGAGAUUAUAGUCUUUUUCCCCACUCAGAAGAUAUAACAUAAAUACAUAGGUGUUGUAGAAAUAUGCGAAUGGGGCAUUACUAUCCUGCAAUUACACUCAUACUAAUUUAUUACAGUAAAAUAAAAAAUCUUUUUAAAAAUGCA